GAGAUUGCGCGGGAGCAACAAGCUUUUCAGAUAGCAACAAAAACCGGUGUGGAGAUCUAAAGCCGGGAGGUGCGGGAGGGUGUACAUAGAGCAUUCACGAAGAGGAGGAGGAGCCUGCUGUGGCUAUAAGGUGAUGGGAGAAGGCACUAGGAGAUGAGGAUUUUAAUUAGUGACUUUGGAAACCCAGCCCCCUAGUCAGCAAAGCUACAAGGUGAACUGCUGGAAGAUCCCAGCUCUGCACACGUGGGGCAGGAGCCCUCCGGCGCUGUACGACCCAGAAGAGAAUGUCUCCCAGCCUUCGGGAAGGUGCUCAGCUCCGGGAAAGCAAGCCCGCGCCCUGCUCCUUCUCAAUUGAGAGCAUUUUAGGACUGGACCAGAAAAAAGAUUGUACAACGUCAGUAAGACCCCACAGACCCUGGACAGACACCUGCGGUGACUCAGAGAAAGGUGGCAACCCACCCCUACAUGCCCCAGAUCUUCCCAGUGAGACUUCAUUUCCUUGUCCAGUGGAUCAUCCAAGGCCAGAAGAAAGGGCUCCGAAAUAUGAAAAUUAUUUUUCAGCCUCCGAAACACGCUCUUUGAAAAGAGAAUUGAGUUGGUACCGAGGACGAAGGCCAAGAACCGCUUUCACCCAGAACCAGGUCGAAGUAUUGGAAAAUGUCUUUAGAGUGAACUGCUACCCUGGCAUUGACAUCAGAGAGGACCUAGCUCAAAAGCUGAACUUAGAGGAAGACAGAAUCCAGAUUUGGUUCCAAAAUCGCCGAGCAAAGAUGAAAAGGUCCCGUAGAGAAUCACAGUUUCUAAUGGCGAAAAAACCCUUCAACCCAGAUCUUCUGAAAUAGGUAGAAAAUUACACAUGUUGGCUUCUCUUCCAGUUGUAUAGUACAGAAGAAAUCAAUGGAAAUUCCAAGUACUUAAAAUGUUACAGUUCUCUCCUGUAUCUAAUCUAGAUUUUGUCAUUCUUUCUGAAAAUACUGCAAAUAAUUAUGGUUCUAGAACAGUACAUUUUUAGUUAUAAUUAAAACAUCUUUCCUAUAUAUUUUUAAUAAAAAAAUUUUCAGAAAUGA